GAAUAAUUGAAUUGACUUGAUAAUCAACUUGAUAAUCGAAUCCGACUCUUGAGUUUGGGUUGAUAAUGUCAAGCAGUUACAAGACGCAAGUGAACAAAUCAAGGCUUUCUUUGAUGUGAAGCUGUCUGUUGAUGGUGGCAGUAUUCAACCCGCAGCCCACAACAAACCGACCCGUAUGAGCCACAUUCAUCUCUUAAAACUCACUCAGUUGCCCUCACCAACUCUUCUGAAAAUGACACUAACCCCACAAUCUCUUGAUAAGGAUUUGGCUGAAAAGGCAGCUGCAAAGUACAGUCCUCUUCUUGAAGCAGAGGCACGUCAGUACUUGGAACAAGUGUCGGGCAUCAACUUCAAUGAUGACUUGUCGUUUGCCGAAAACCUCAAAAACGGUGUCAUUCUUUGCAAGACCAUCAAUGCCAUUAUGCCCAAUGAUCCCAUCAGAAAGAUUGCUGACAGUAAACUACCGUUUAAACAGAUGGAAAAUAUUCACAUGUACUUGGAAAAGACCAAGCAGUUGGGCAUGCCUUCCUUUGAGUCUUUCCAGACUGUCGAUCUGUUCGAAGCAAAGAAUAUCAACCAGGUCAUCAACUCUAUAUUUUCACUGUCCAGACAGGCAGCCAAAUAUGGUUACACCGCUGUUCCAACUCUCGGCCCACAAUUGGCUACCGCCACCAAACGUCGGUUUACCGAGGAACAGCUAGCUGAAGGAAGAGCAGCAGUUCCUCUUCUACAGGCAUUCACUUCUCCAGUCUCCCAAGCAGGAAUGGGUGCCAUGGGUGCAUCUCGACAAGUAUACAAUCCAUCGAUCCCCACCGGCGACACUACCGUUUCUUCUGGUAUGUUUUCCACCACAGAAAGUGGUCGUCGCGCUGACCUGGGAAUCGCAAUGGGUGGCCGUCGUGAGAUUGGUGGCGUUUACUUGGACUCAUCCAACCCAACUGCUCCCAUCUCGCCCAUCUCUCCCGAUAUGAUGGCUUCAGUCAAGACUGGUGCCGAUGCUCAGUCUUUGAGCGGUGGCUUUGAUGUUGAUAGUGAUGACUCGGAUACCAACAUUUUUAAACUAUCUCAAUCCACUGCUAAACUAUCUAUGAUUCAGGAGUCUACUCCUGUCCAGCGUGAAGAGUAGUUGUAUUUAUCAGUCAUGUUUGUCGCUGUUCUUUUUGGGAAUGAUUCUAAAUAGUCUGCUCACUAUUUACAUGCAUAUACUUUCAUUUUGAAUGUAUCCUGUCAUUCAAUUUUUGUCUUGUUUUUUAAAAUGCACCAUGUUUGAUUUUACAACUUU